UGCGGUGGUAUAAAAGAGGAGCGGCUGUGCGAGUGGAGGACAACGAUGAUGGCAGGACAGGAGGGUCGUUUGAUGCUCUCGCUCCACGACGAAGUCGUAUGGAGAGCAGGUGGUCGGCAACAAAGUUCAUUUGGAGUGCAGAGGCUCGCGCCGACUAAGGUCGUUUAAUUGCUCUCUUCUAACGAAGAUGGCAGAUUAGGGAUUUUAAAGGCUGUCUGUUUUGAUUGAUUUUUAUUUAAUUAAUAAAAGAUAAUUUGGUAAUUAUAUGUUUUAAGUUGGGACAAUAUCAGUAAAAUAAGGGCGAGAUUUAGCCACUCAAUUGUUUUUUUUUCUUUUAUCUCCCGAAAUUGCCCCACCAAACUUGAAUCACAAUGUUUUUGUUUUCCCCUAGUCGCACCCACCACAUUUGAUGAUCAUUAUGGACUUUGGAAUCAAAGUAGUUUACCCACUCUAUAUGAUUAUAUUUGGAUCAUUCAAUUUGACUUGGAAUCUUUAACACACCUCCCCCGAAAUAAAAGAAAACUUCAACAUAUUUUAGAAGAAUAAAUGAAGAAAAAAAACAAUUCAACAAAGUGGCAAAAGAAAAGACAACUUAUGAGCAAAAAGAAUCGGGGGCAUAAACCUCGUGCCGAAAUAGAAGAGAAGGAUAAUGAGUAGAAAACAAAACCCCACUUGACACUUGCGAUUCCUGCUUUCCAUCUUCCAAUCCAAACGUCAGUCGGUGCUCUGAGGGUGCGGUUGGCUGUCUGGCUGGCUGGCUCUACAUUUCCCCUCAUCCACCUUUGCCCCACCACCACGCCCCAAGAAGAAGCUUUCCUUACUUACCUUGUUAUUCCUCGUCCUCUCUCUUCCCUGUUUCCUCUGCCUCCUCCUUCCACUCCCAUCCAUUUCUCUCUCUCUCUCCCUCCCUCCUUCCACGCGAAGCAAGAGAAGCAACAAAAAGAAGAAAGACCAACCCACCACCAGAGAAAAAGAAUCCAACAGAAAUCGGCCACUAAGCCAACCAUUUCUUUUCUUUUCUGACAGUAAUUGUUAUUCCAGGUUUUUGUCCGUAAACUGUAAAAUGGAAAGCGAGACUGGUCAUUCUCUGUUGCCCGACGACCAAGUCAAGCCGAACCCACCUGCUGCUGCUGCUGUUCCACCUCCGGAUUCCGCGGCUGAGAAGAAGAAGGUUACGGUGAAGGAGGAACCGGCGGCCGUGGAGGAGGAGACCAACGGCGGCGGUGUCGCUGUGGGAUCUUGCACUGACGCCUCCUCUGCUCUUCCUAAGACCACUGACGGCUACUCCAGGGCUACUACAGCUGUGCCGAAAUCCGGAGCAGAUGCUUCUAUCCCCGGGCCAGAACAGCUCACCAUAUUCUAUGGCGGAAAUGUGCUUGUGUUUGAUGGAAUUCCGGCAGAAAAGGCUCGUGAAAUAAUGGCUAUUGCUGCUGCUGCGGCACAAGCUGUGAAGUCUGCUGAUAUCAAGAAGAUCGAAUCAGGACCUGCACCAGCUGCUGCUGUUCCUGCUGUUGUUGCUGCUGCACCAGUCCUCUCUAGGUCUCCUUCAAUGCAAAGUACCUCUAGUGCAUUGGCCUCUCCGCAGUACGCUGCUCAUAAAAAUUCUCUCUGCAAAAUGCAAGCUGAUCUGCCAAUUGCAAGGAGGCACUCUCUCCAGCGCUUCUUUGAGAAGAGAAGGGACAGGAUGAUGAGCAAGAGUCCCUACUCUAUUCCUUCAUCUCCAUCAGCAGCUGAGAACAUGAAGCAUGAUUCCAACAACUUGCUUACAGCCGAGCAUCUUCAGCAAACGCUGGCUGCUGCAGCUCCGAACAAUGCUUGAUUGACUUGCAAGUUGUUCGAGGAGAAGAAUCAUUAUCCUAUUAUACAAUUAUCAGCCGAAAUAUAUAUAUAUCGUUAACUUUGUGUUAUCUUAUGACAUUAGUACAAAAUCGCUUGUAUGUGAACCACCAAUUUGACAAAUCAGACAAACGAACAAGACGCUGUUUGUUGACUGUGAACCUCUCUAUGUCUAAUUUAGUUAUGAGUUGAUGUUGUAAGGUGUAUCCCUGUAAAAUGUUUGUUGCCUUAAAGCAUGCACUUUAUAUAAUCACAUGUUCAUGUAGUCCGUCUCUCAAAGAACUGAGGGUAGCUUACAGCUUCGUCUUGCUUCCAAGAGAGUUUAGGCCGCAUUCCAUUUGAACAAAGACGAAGGUAUUCCCGCAUGCUGCUAUGUUGCCUUGCUAGCGCAACAAAUUAGCCGACCAAAUCACGAGCGUUUUGAAGCACAAUUUGUGAGAAGUUAUUUCGACAAUUGGCUCAUUUACAAGCCGAUUAAUCUUGUUCAUCUCAUGAGAUUUGUAAGUAAGAUCGACUUAUAGACUUGUUGAGUUUAACCUGUGAAUUGACUCAAAAGUAUUAGCUAGACAACCACUCAUGAGUGUAUUUAUUAUCUACAGUUUAUGAACUGAGCUUGAACAGAGCUCAUGAGCUAAUUGAUGACCAGAACUCAAGUAAAACUCUCGAACUCAUUGAUGAGUCAACCUUGAAUUGUACUCGAAUCAAAUAGAAAUCAAGAU